ACGAACAAGUUCGAAUGUGUGAUAUAGUUUUAUGCUGUAUAUUAUUCUUCUGGGUAAUGGCUGCAAGAUCAGAAGGUUUGGAUAGUAAUGGAGGAGUAGUGGAGGUGAAAAUCGGGUUAAUUGUGGAUUUAAAUUCGAGCAUGGGAGUGAUGGUGGAGUCUUGCAUAGCCAUGGCUCAGUAUGAUUUCUACAGAAGCCAUCCUUCUUAUCGUACAAAAUUGGCCUUCCACACCAAGAACUCCCAUAAGGCCUUAGCUGCAGCUUCUGGUGCUCUGGAGUUGCUCAAAAAUGAAGAAGUGCGAGCAAUUCUUGGACCCCUGACCUCUCCUGAAGCCAGAUUCGUUGUGGAACUUGGCGAAAAGGCUCAAGUACCUAUUGUCUCCUUUUCUGCAACCAGCUCUAAUAUUUCGCCAUUGCAGAGCCCUUACUUCAUUCGAACAGCUGCUGCUGACUCUUCUCAGUUAAAAGCUAUUACAACCCUUUUCCAAGGACUCGAAUGGAAGAAAGUUAUAAUUGUGUAUGAGGACACUGGCUAUCAAGAUGGAUUUAUCCGUGAUAUCACUCAUGCAUUCCGCGAGGCUGAUAUAAGGAUUUCAGGUAUGAGUGCUGUUUCUGCUAAUGAUUCUCAGAUACUGGAAGAGCUUAACAAACUCAAAGCAAUGGCUGCUAGAGUUUUCUUAGUGCACAUGACUUCCCUCCUUGGAUCGCGAGUUUUUGUUCAUGCCAAGGCCAUUGGAAUGAUGGGAAAAGGAUACGGAUGGAUAAUGACUGACGAGUCAUCUAAUUUGUUGAAUUCCAUGGAUGAUGAAGCCAUUGGUGCAAUGGAAGGUGUUUUAGGGAUAAGACCUUAUGUACCUAAGUCGAAAAAUCUUGCAUUUCUUAAAAGGAGGCAAGAAAAAGAGCUGCAGUGUUCAAAGCCUAAAGCUGUGCUGAAUAUCUUUGGAUUGUGGGCUUAUGAUGCAGUUUGGGCAUUAGCAAUGGCUGUAGAGAGGAUAGGACCGAUCAAUUCAGCGUUUGUAAAGCAGAAAAAACGACAAAAUGCAAGUGAUAUGGCUUCACUUGGCAGCUCUGAUGUAGGUCCAGUACUUCUUAAAGAAAUUUUAAGUACCAAAUUCAAUGGCUUAAGUGGUGAGUUCAAUUUGGUAAAUGGGCAGUUGCAGAUUUCAACCUUUGAAAUACUUCAUGUGAUAGGAAAAGGAGAGAGAACUAUAGGCUACUGGACACCAGAUAGAGGAUUAUCCAGACACCCAUAUUCGAGCAAUAAUUCUUCUAAUUAUUCGACUUCUGCAAGUGUCCUAAAAAAUAUCAUUUGGCCAGGAGAUACAACAGAUAAGCCAGUAGAUUGGGAUCUACCCACAUCAGGGAAGAAACUGAAGGUGGGGGUUCCAGUAAAAGAGGGCUUCACUGAAUUUGUGAAACUUGAACAAAAUCCAGUUACUAAGGAAUAUAGCAUCACUGGUUUUUGUGCAGAUAUCUUCAGUGAAGUACUAGAACAUUUACCAUUUAGAAUUGAUGAACCUCAAUUUAUCCCUUUCCAGGAUCCGCGUACUGGAAAAAGUGCAGGCAGUUACAAUGAUCUUCUCAAGCAACUUGAACUCAAGGAGUAUGAUCUAGUGGUAGCCGAUGUGACAAUUUUGCCUGAACGGGAGAAAACAGUUGAUUUCAGUAGAUCAUACAUGGAAACAGAAGUUGUGAUGCUUAGACAAAUUAAAUAUAGCAAAGGCAAAGACAUAUGGAUCUUUGUAAAGCCUUUAAGUUCAGACCUCUGGCUGACGAUUGCAUUAGCUUGUAUCGUUAUGGGAUUAAUAAUUCGGACAUUGGAGCGAAGAGUGAAUAGGGAACAACAACUUGGAAUGUGGGUUUGGUUUCCAUUGGCAUCUCUUGCUUUUCCUGAAAGAAACAGGGUUGCUAGCAAGUGGUCUAAAUUUGUACUGGUCAUAUGGUUGUUUACAGCAUUUAUUGUAAUGCAGAGUUACACAGCUAAUUUAUCCUCAAUACUGACUAUUGCUCAGCUAAAACGUUCAAGAGAAAAACCUUAUUGUAUUGGUUUUCAAGAUGGUUCAUUCGUAAGAGAAUUAUUAAUUAAUAGGUUGCACUUCAAUGAAUCCAAGAUGAAAUCUUAUGCCAGUGCUGAGCAAUAUCAUGAUGCCCUUUCUAAGGGAUGCCUUAAUGGAGGAGUUGAUGCUAUCUUCGACGAGCUUCCUUUCAUCAAGAUCUUUAUUGAUACGUAUGGUGAAAAAAAUUAUAAGUUGGAAGGAUCCUCAUACAGCACAGGAGGACUUGGCUUUGCAUUUCAGAAAGGCUCCCCUUUAGCUUCUUUUAUUUCAACGGCCAUCUUAGAGCUUACUGGAUCCGGAGCAAUGCAUGCAAUUAUGACCAAAAAUUUUGGGCUGGAGUACUCUGAACAAAAUUACUUUCCGGAGAUCUCUUCAUAUAGUAGCAGUAUAGGGGUGAUGAACCUUGCAGGCCUUUUCAUUGUUAGCGGUUCCAUUACUUUAUUGGCUUUAGUUUUCUCAGCGCCCGCAUUUCAGCAAUUAUAUGCUUCUGUGUCAUCGCGCUACAGACAAAAUUUUGUAUUCCCAUCACCACCUUCUGACGGGACUGACACAAGUGCUCAGUCCGUAGCUGAAACUACUGUCAGUGGGAAUUUGUCCACCAAUGCAAUGCCCGAGAACUCAAUCAGCAUAGCAAUUCAGAGAGACGAUGCAGAGGCAGCAAACAGAAACAGCAGUAACAUCAUUAAUACUACUGGUUAAGUUGAUGUUAACCAUUCUUUAUAACCUGAUAAAUUAAUUGUAUCAGUUAUUAUUGUUUAACAAAAUACGUAUAGUUGGCACUUAG